GGGUUAUUAGACUCUGUUGUGGUGCUGUCAGAACACUUCAAUUGAAACAUCUAUUUUCUGCAAGUAAUCAAAGACUAGUCAAGAUGACCAACGAAGAAUUUAGAACUUAUCAGCUGGGCGACUGGGAACUCCAGAGUGGAGAGAAACUUCUAAAUGCGCAUCUAGCAUACAAGACCUUUGGUGACCCCAGCUUCCCCGCCGUCGUUUACCCGACAUGGUUCUCCGGACUAAUAUCCGACAACAUAUGGCUAAUCGGGGAAGACAAGACCCUCAACCCCCAAAACUACUACAUCAUCAUCCCCGCCCUCUUCGGCAACAGCCAGUCCACCUCGCCAUCCAACUACCCCGCUCCGGGCCCGUUCCCCAAAUGCUCCUUCUACGACAACGUGCGCGCGCAGCACCAGCUCGUCUCGCAGCACCUGGGCAUUACGCACCUGCGGGCUGUUGUCGGCUGGUCCAUGGGAGGCGGCCAGACCUACCAGUGGGCGACGCAGUACCCGGAUUUCAUGGACCUCGCCGUGCCCUUCUGUACAUCAGCUAGAACGUCUCUGCAUAAUAAAGUGUUUCUUGAAGGUGUCAAGGGGGCACUCCUGGCGGCGAAGGGCGUUCCAUCGGCGGGGUCAGGCGAGGGCGGUAUCUUUCGCGCGGAUCAGAACCCGCGGCAGUGGUCUGCUGGGGAAAGGGAGAUUGGACUCAAAGCAUUUGCGAGAGUUUACGCGGGAUGGGGUUUCAGUCAGGCGUUUCACAGGGAGAAACUGUAUGAAACAGCACUAGGCUUCAAGGAUUUGGAGGACUUCCUGCAGAAUUUCUGGGAGGCAUGGGCUUUGUCCAAGGACCCGGAAAAUCUCCUCGUCAUGCUUCAGACGUGGCAGAAUGGGGAUGUUGCUCAGCAGGCCCCGUAUGAUGGCGAUUUCGAAAAGGCCAUGGCUUCGAUCAAAGCAAAGACUUUAGUGCUUCCGGGAAAGACGGACCUAUACUUUCCACCAGAAGACUCGCAGUAUGAGCUUGUGUGCAUGCGACCGGGAGUCGGGACACUCGAUGUUUUCCCUUCUAUCUGGGGCCACUGGGCUGGCGGACCGGGAGAUAGUAAAGAUGAUGUCCAAUGGUUGGACCAGAAGCUAACAGAAUUUUUCAAGCAAACUGAUUGUACUGUUACUCAAUCGAUGGGAGAUCUUACCAUUAAACAAUGCAGGGGUAACAUAAUUGUGAAAGGCGAACAGGAGUAGUGGUGAUGGUGUGGGAGCUUUACAUCACUCACUUCAAAUAUGCUCUUCCAGCUAGCAGGGACAGCAAAAAGUAAGAAGAGCUGUGGACUGAUUUGUUUCAAUACUCUCUAGGAGAUCGUGAUAGCCAUUGAUGUAUUUACAAGGAAGUUGAAAACAGCCUGAAC